GUAUCAAGGAACAUCGGUUUAAACAAUCAUUUAGAAAAUUAAAUAUCAUGGCUAGACAUAAUGCAGUGAGGCAAGUGGAGAGACGUGAUGAGUUUAACGCCAUAAAGAAACUUAUAUUAGGCAAAACCAAGACAGCAAAGAUGUUUUGUUUGUUCAUAGUCUGCUUCGCCUUUCUACAAGAAUUACUGUAUAUUUCAUUGUGUGGUGAUAAAGACUGCUCACAGCUACAUAUACUGGAACCAGCUUGGAAAUUUCAGCGAAACCGCAUGACAUUCGAAGAGGUCAACAAUGUGUUCCAAGCUGUCCAUGGCAUGAGCUGUUGUCACCAUUGCAUAGUAUACAAUAAUUUCCGUAUCGGUAAGAAGGUCCGCGACUUAAUAAUAUGUGGCUUAUCGUGGAUCGGACAUCCAUUCAGGAUUUCAUACCAGCAAGAAGUUUUCGUUGACAGUCUUGUGACAAAAGAGAAACAAUAAACACAAUUUUUUGCUAUUUAUAACUAU